AUGCGUAAACGAAGAAGAAAAACAACAGCUUUUUCUAUCAACACAAGUGAACUUCUUCGUCUUUAUUUUAAAUUUUCUUCACAUUCUUGCCUUACUUUUUUAUUUUGUUGUUUUUUCUGCCUAAUUGUUUAUUGCUCUUCUGUUCAUGGACGAUCUUCACCUGUUGCUCUAACGGAUGUUCUAAUUCAAACUACUUUAGGAAAAAUUAUUGGGUUUAAACAGAAGUUUGAUGGAAAAUCUGUCCAUACGUUUCUGGGCGUUCCGUAUGCAAAAAGGCCAACUGGUUCAGGUCGAUUUGGGCUUCCUGAAAUGAUUGAACCUUGGGAAGGAGAAUUCCGAGCAGAUAAACCAGCUAGAACAUGUUUCUUUUCCAGAGAUACCAUGUUUCCAGAUUUUCCUGGUGCAGAAAUGUGGAAUCCGCCUAACGAUAUUGACGAGGAUUGCCUUGCUAUGAAUAUUUGGGUUCCUGAGCAUCACGAUGGCACUGUUCUUGUGUGGAUUUAUGGAGGUGGAUUUUACUCGGGCUCUCCUUCUCUUGAUUUAUACGAUGGGCGAGUUUUGGCUGUUCAAGAGCGUGCAGGUACUUUUAUUAGUAAUUUUAAGCCGAAAUUUUCAGUUGUUAUCAAUAUCAAUUAUCGGUUAGGCCCUUUUGGAUUUUUGUAUUUUGGGGAUGAUACAUCAGUUCCUGGCAAUAUGGGACUACAGGACCAACAAAUGGCUUUGAAAUGGAUACAUGAACAUAUUGCCCAUUUUGGUGGCGAUCCUCGACGUGUUACUCUUUUCGGUGAGAGUGCGGGUAGUGCUUCAGCAAUGGCACAUAUUUAUUCUCUUUUUUCGCGCAUUAUUGCACAAAGUGGGUCAAUCAUUAAUAAUUGGGCUACAAAGCCAAAAGCUUCCAUCCUUCAAAUUUCUCUGCAAUUGGCGCAUCAUUUGAAGUGCAGCAAUGGAAAUAACUCUACUAAAGCGAUGCAGAAUAUAGUGGAAUGCAUAAAACGUGUACCAACAGCAAUUAUUCAACGGGCUGGUGAUGCUGUUUCUCAAUCGUUAAGCCUCCCAAUGGAUUUUGCAUUUGUUCCAAUAGAUGAAGAUACGCACUUCUUUCGUGGUAAUGUUUUCGACAAAUUGCGCCGAAAAGAUUUCAAACGUGAUGUUAGCAUUCUUGUGGGGACUGUUCGAGAUGAAGGAACUUACUGGUUGCCCUAUUGUUUACAAAAAAACGGGUUUGGCUUUAACCAUACAAUAUCUCCUGAGGAUCAUAUAAACCAGGCAUUGAUAACUGAAGCAGAUUACAGCAAAGCUUUUGAUGCAUUUCUUCCUUAUUUUGGCAAUUCAAAUCUGGUACGUCAUGCCCUAAUGCACGCAUAUUCACAUCUGCCUACAGAAAAGCAAGAACAAAGAUGGCGGGAUGGUGUUGCACGCUUUCUGGGUGAUUACUCUGAUGAAUUGUAUGGUUCUGUCUACAGUUUUUAUUUCACGAGGCGAUCAUCAGCAAAUCCUUGGCCACAAUGGAUGGGAGCAAUGCAUGGCUACGAAAUUGAAUAUGUGUUUGGAUUGCCUUUGAGAAGCCCACAUCUUUACGAUCCGUCAGAAUUAGAAUUGGAAAUAUCUUUUUCUACAAAAAUUAUGGAGUUUUGGGGACAUUUUGCGCGAACUGGAUCUUUGGUUCUAAGCGAGGAAAUUGCUACUGGCACUAGUCAUCGUAUUUAUGUAGAUGUACACGGAAAACUUUGUAGAUUGCUUGAGGAAGCUCAAGCGGUAGCUGGAAUUACUGGAGGUUUCUUAAGUUUUUUAUAUUUUUUCUAUACGUUCUUCUUAGAACAGAGGUCCCGUAUUUGUCCCGACGGUCGUUCAACUACAGUUAAUUAUGGACAAGAGAUUUCAAUGGAAGAUGUUAAAGAAGAAAUGCAACUAAAUAGAGGAAUCGGUGGUAUUAAUAGAAUUCCUUCUAGCAAAAUUUAUAUUUCACUAAUAAUUUUAUCAUUAGCGUUAUUAAGAUCUCCUGAAAUAUCUUUCCUGUAUUCAUCAUUUAUUUUUAAAUAA